CAAAUUUGCGCGGGUCGGCGGCUGUUAGGGAAUGUUGUUGUCUGGCGGUCACUUCUUUAUGAAAUUAUAAAUAAAAAGAAAAUAUACGUAUUGCUUGAAAAACGUUCAACAUGUCCAAACGAGAGGCGUUUUUACAAGCCGCCUGUAAAGAAAAUGUGGAGGACUUCCUUCGCUUUAUCCAGCUUCACAAGGACAAGACAGAGCCUUUUGAUGUUGAGGAGGUGGUGCAGGAGAUGUCCAGAGACCAGCGAGAGUCUCUGUGGGGAAGACUUGUGUCUCUCCUUCAGGAUGUCCUGCUGAAGUCUCCUCCCGAGCGCUGGAAGGAGGACAAAGAAGAGGGCAUGGAAGUGGAGUCAUCUGCAGACCCUAAACAUAUUAUGACUGUUGUGGAUGGUGUUACACUAGUGGCCACGGUGUCUGUAAAAGUCUUACAAGAUGGUGACACAUACAGUGCCCUUCUGGAUAUUGUCCACACUCUUCAUGAUGUUCUGGUGUCGAUGCCUGUCUCAGAGGCACCACUUCACUCACAUAUUCACACACUGUGCGAGGCCUGGUGGAAGAAAGGACUGCAGGGCAAAGAACAGUUUGGUCACACAGCUUUUCUCCUCUCUCUGCAGAAGAGCUUUGCUUUGAAGAAGCCAGGUGUUGAAAUCCAAAGAGUUUGGAGUCUCCAUGAGGUGCUUUUGGAUCUGGACUACACAUCAGAGGACAACAAGCAGAUAUCUGACCUGUUGCUUCAAUGCUUUCACUCUCUCAAUUACAUCAGAAAUGAUGAUGGAAAGCGAUUCCUGGUCUUUCUUUUCAGCUGGGAUGUCAACUUCAUCUGUGUUAUUCAUGGCACCAUCAAGAACCAGCUGGAGUUCUACAGCAAGACCAUGGUUGCUCAUAUUAUGGAGAUCUACUUCAGAGGAUGGAAGAAGGCUAGUGGGGACUUUUUGGAAAAUAUGGAGAGCUCCUGUAUUCAGGACUUGAUGCAGAAUGCUAUCCUGCUCCCUAGAACUUCUCCUGUUCAUGCCAAAGUCAGACAGGUAGUGAGCUACUUCCACGCAAGGAAGGGCUGCCACAAGGUGGACAAGAUGCUGUAUAAUCUCUACAAGCCUAUCCUCUGGAAAGCACUAAGUGUGCCAAACUAUGAAGUGCGAGCAAAUGCUACUUUGAUUUUCACUGAGGCUUUCCCAGUUCACGAUCCAGAUAUGAACAAUGAGGGUAUAGAUAAAGCCAUUCAAAAGCAGCUGGACAUAGCAAUGGGCCUCCUUGAUGACCCUCACCCCACCGUGCGCUCCAGUGCUAUCCUGGGGGUCUGUAAAAUUCUGGCCAAGUGCUGGGAGCUUCUCCCUCCUACAAUUAUCACAGACUUCCUAAAGAAGAUCGUGAUGGAGCUAGCUACUGACGCUAGUUCCCCUGAUGUCCGCUGUUCAGUCUUCAAGUGUCUGGCCAUUGUCCUAGACAACGCUCUCAGCCAUCCACUGUUGGAAAAACUCCUGCCUAAUCUCAAGUAUAGCCUUCAUGACAAUUCGGAGAAAGUCCGCAUAGCUUUCCUUGACAUGCUUCUCAAGGUGAAGGCAGUGCGUGCAGCCAAGUUUUGGGACGUGUGCAACAUGGACCACCUGCUGGCCCGCCUGGCUAUUGAUUCCCAGUCAGUCUCCAAGCGCAUUGUCGAUCUGCUCUUUAAGUCCUUUUUCCCUGUCAACGAGUCUGAGAAGGAAUGGUGUUGUCGAUGCAUCACGCUCAUCCAGAUGAACUCUAUGGCUGCCAGAAAGUUCUAUCAGCACGCCUACAAACACACAGCCCCCACUAACAUAAUCAAGCUGAUGUUGGCCAUUCGCCGUGUUUUGAACAGCUGCAUCCAAAAUGAAUGUGACAUAACUGACAUGAAUGAAAGCAACAAGGAGAACAGCACUAUUGAGCGUGUUCUGCUGAAAAAAGAUGUGGCUGUGGUAUCUGGUCUGCUGGAGGUUGUGGUCAUACUGUGGAGAAGUGUAGAGAAGACACUGAAGCACAACAAGGAGGCCCAGAAGUUUACUUUUGCCAAGUUUAGCAGUGUCCUGGCCAAAUAUUUUAUUGCAUUUGAGCAUGAGCGAUGCACACCUCCCCUCAUACAACUGGCUUCAUUCAUGCCUCCAGCUGCAGUUCCAACAUUCAGUUGUGGUGUCCUGUCUAAGCUGAGAAGAAUGGAAUCAGGAGCGGUGCCAAAGCAGUACAGCCAGCUGCUGGACUGCAUAUGUUGCUGGGGCCAGGCGGCUGACAUCCUGGAGUUGAUCUCUGACUGGCUCAGUGAGGCCCUGCCUAAACAAGGGGACAAGGCAAACUUUAAUCGAAAGGUACGGAUCCAGGAAACAGUAGAGGCCAAACCAGACCUGGCACUGGUUUACCUGGAGUACCUGUUCAGCCACACUGAAACCAGAAAUAAAGUCCUGGAUCUUGGUCAGGGCCCACUCAAGCAGCUCCAUACUGUUCUGGGAAACUGGAGGUCGGUCCUGUACACUCAUCUCAGCUCCACUGAGGAUCCUAAAAGUCCAAGUGUGGAGACUGCACUGAAAGCCCUUGUUUACUAUGGCCGUCUUGGUGCACAUCUGCAACAAAAUUCCUCUGAAGGUCGGGAUUAUCUGCUCACUUUGGAGCAUGUGGCAUCAUGGGUAUCUGAGAGGGUGCUGCCCUUCUUGGCUAAACGUACCAGUGAUGACGGGGAGGAGUCUGAGAAGUCACAGUCACUUGCUGCAAAGAUAACGGAGAGCUUCUUGACUGUGUGCAGAGACGUUUUGCUUGUGGGUUUGGGCGAUGAGGCAUUCAAGGGUCAAAUCCUCCACUUGUGCUCCCUCAUUCUUCUCUCAGAGACUGGCUACCUGUGUAUUCCUGCUGUACUGCCCAUUUUAAAGGAGGUGGUAGACAGUUAUGUACCUGAGGAUACCGAGGAUCAGGAAGAUCAGGAGAAUCCAACCACUGUCAUUCUGGGCGUGGUAGCUAACAUCUUUCAGAAAGUUAUAGAACUUUUGGCUCGCCGCCUCAAAAAGGAGCCGGAGGAGGGAAAACAGCUGUGUCAGUCGGCCACAUCAGGCCUGUCAGACUUCCUCCAUGCAGCUCAGAUCUGGAACCAGGCGCCUCUCAGCGGCGUCUUCUCCACUCUUUUUGCCGUCAUCGUGGUUGAGAAGAGACAUAUGCUGCAAAAGAUUACUCAUCCUGAAGAAGUGAUCGUCCCAGAAUCGGUGGAGGAUAUGCCACCUCUAACCAGCAUCCUUCUGUCCAUCAUCCUCAAGUCAUCCUCUGUCACCAGGGCAUUUUUAACCGAGAUCAGCUCGUCUGUGGACUCCGAGGCCAUCGACAGUCUGACCGAAUUGGCCGCCGUCCUCCACAUGCUCGCCGUCAUCAGACACUCGGGCCAGUGUAGAGCGGGCUUGAAGAGCGCUGCCGUAUCUGUCCAGCAGCAGCUUCACAAACAUGCCAUUGCAGCUGUGGACGGAGGAGACGUUCAGAGGGUUGUCUAUGAAUCUUCUGUGAGGGCCGUCAAUGGAAUGUUGGGCUUAUGAGUUUCAUGUUUUAAAAAAUAGACCUAUGAUGUAUAAUCUGUGCAUUAUGUUUGUGUUUUUGUGAAGCAGAAGACAACAUGGCAUCUCCUUCGCUGUUAGCAUUAGAUACUAUCAGAUGCUGGCAAAUGAAAAUAACAGUAAAUACUUAAUCGUCACCGACUGGGUUUUUAAAAAGAAAUAUGGUUUGGAUUGAAAUUAAAGCCGAGGACAAGUGAAAGUCUGCUACUAUGUUUUUCCAGAUUGGCUCCACUUAUUUGGUUUAUUUAUUUCUUAAUAGCACACAUUACUCUUGUCUCUUAGCUUGUGAAUUGGGGGGGAAUUGAUAAUGUGAACAAAUAUUGAUUGAAAACUCCAGAUGGCAGAAAUAACAUAUGGCUCUUGGAUUGACCGGCAUUCUUUUUUAAAGACGUCAUUUGUAAAAA